AUGAGUGAAUCUAGGAGCUUGAAUGAUGAGUCACAGGUUGCAGAUGCCUUGGUUGCUGCAGAUAUUAGACCUACAGAAUUACAAGCAUCUAAUUCAACCUCAAGUUCAUCAUCAGUUUCAACAAAUACCCCGAAUUCGGGGAAGCAAAAUUUAAAUCCCCGUCAGAAAAGAGCUUCUUUAGCAUGUAUUCGAUGUCGUACACGUCACAUUAGAUGUCCUGGUGGAGAUCCGUGUAAAAAGUGUCAAUUGGCAAAAUCAAAGUGUGAAUAUGUGGAGGCAGACAAGAAGAUUGUUGUAUCGAUGAAGUACCUUUCAAAAUUACAUGACGAAAUUGCCAGAUUGAAAAAAGACAAUGCUACGUUAAGAAAUAAUCUAAAAGAGCAAGAACUAAAAAGAGAACAAGAAUCACUGUCUUCUUCAAAAAUGCAAUUUACAGACUCAUCAGGCUCACAACAACCACUGGCGACAGCAGGAACAGAGUCCCCUUCAUCUUCCACAACAUUUCCAACAACAGCACCACAACCACAUAUGUCCACUUUAAAUACAUCGCUGUCCGGUACUGGAUUGUCGUCAUCUGGAGCAACAGAAGUUAUAAGUCCGUCAUUAGAUAAAUAUGGAAGACUAAUUCAGUCUCGUACAGGAGAGAAGGUUUACGUGGGUUCAUCAUCUAUGACUUUGUUUGGCUUAGAGAUUCAGAAUAUGGUACCUUCAUUUGUUUCCAGCUCAUUGCUUACGAGUUCCAGUACAUCUACUACACCUGCGCCAUCUCCUGGUAGUGACCAUCAACCACAGCUACUACUGGCAAGUGUCUCAUCAAAUCAAGAACAUCAAAGACACCCAGGGAAACGUGAAACAAAGAUUCUUGAAAAGGAGGGGAACGCAUAUAAGAUUACAUUAUCCAAGACGAAAACAAGACCUGGUUUAUCCAUAAACUUUGAAUUGCCAUCAUAUUCAUAUGCCAUGUUAUUGGUCGAUACAUUUAUUAAUUAUAAUGAUGGGUGCUUUUAUUUUUUCAAUGAAGGAUUGGUGAAACGAUUCUUAAUGAACUUAUACUCCGGUAAAUCUGCUGAGAAUAAACGAAUAUUGAACCGAAACUCACCACAACCAAACAACCCUGAUCAAGAUGAGAACACCAUUAAGAAAGAUACAGAUGAUGAAACCAUUCUAGAAACAAUAUGGUUCUGUAAAGUAUUACUUAUUUUUGCAAUUGGUGAGAUGUACUUGGGAACGGAAUCUAGCACCCAUGCAAAGAGACAAAAAUUAGAAAACAUGAAAAGAGCAGGUAAAGAACGACCUGAAAAACAUGCAUUACCCGGAUCUGCUUUCUUCUACCAAGCAUCAGAGUUAUUUACUGGAUUGUUUGCUUCUGGUGCUGUUGACAACAUCACUAAAGAUGGAGGUAUUGAGGUUAUGCUUUUGUAUGCUUUCUACUUACAAGUAGCAGAUUGUACUAUAGCAUCAUACUUUUACUUCGGUUUAGCAUUGAGAGCAGCAUUGAUUUUGGGAUGGCAUGUUGAUGCUGAUAAGGAAAACUUGAAUCGUUUUGAGUUGGAGCAUAGAAGAAGAAUCUGGUGGACUGUGUAUAUGUAUGAGAGAAUGCUUUCGUCCAAAGCAGGAUUACCAUUGAGUUUUGCAGAUGAUUCUGUAUCAACUGAGUUGCCAGUUGAUUUUAAGAUUGAUUUGACUGAUUUCCCAAGAGACCAAAGUGACGUUAGAGGAUACUACAUUUUUCCACCUGCAGAUUAUAUAAACAAUUGCGUCACUAUAACCCAAAUCAAUGCAGUUAUUUUAUCAUCUUUGUAUACCAAACAACCAUCGUUUAAUAUUUUACCUGUUGUUACUGAUUUGGUGCAACGAUUGAUGUCCUGGAAGGCGUCGUUGCCAAAAUACCUUGAGGUUGAUUACACUGCUGAAAGCCCCAAGAUAUCUAGAUUGGUGACAAAUUUAAUGACUGAAUAUUUCCAAGGGAUUAACCUUGCUGUUCGUCCCUUGUUGUUUCAUUUUGCAACACAAAAGUUACGUGAAAUCAGAAUCAAAAACAGCACUAGCAAAUACAUUGAUCUUACCAAGUAUUCCAAGAAUGUCUUGACAUUACUUAAUGCCUCAUUCCAAGCUUCAAUUAAUACAAUCAAAAGUAUAUGGUCAUUGGUGCCUGAUAACAUGGUGGCAUUGUUUGGUUGGAUGGAUAGAGAAUAUUUGUUCACAUCUGCAUCCACCUUAAUCUUGUUUAAUGCAUCAUUUGGUGUACAUGAAGCGACAAAAGACCACUUAGAUCAUGCGUUGAUUUUAUUCACCAAAAUGAAGAGAUUGGGUAAUUAUCCUGCAGCAUUAAGAAGAGCACAAUUGUUGAAACUUAUUAAUGUACUUGAUUUUAAUGGUGUCAUGGCUGAAUUGUUGGAAAAACAUGAUGAUGAAAACAAAUCUCCUUCUCCGGGGAAUCCAUCGUCAAACAAGGUAGAGGCUUUCUUGAAUCCACCUUCAAUGAAUCCAACUGAUUUGGAUGUUUUUCAAUUUUCUCACCCAUCUACUAGUAAUAUAGCAAGAGAAAAUACUACUGGUGAUGUUUAUGCAAAUCAAGAUUUAACAGGUAUAGAAGGCUUAACUUAUUUGGAUGCAGAACAACAAUUAUGGAACGAUAUCACUAACGAGGCGGGCUGGUUGAACGUUCAUUCUGCUGAGAAAGAUGCUAUUGUAAUUGAUAAAGAACCAUUGGAUGAAGGAUUUAUGUUCAACAUUACUACACCAGAUUUGAACUCUGGAAUGAAUUCUGGUUAUUCUCAUUUGAUCAAUCAUGAAUUUCAAGACUUCAUGGAUCAAACUUAA